AUGGCGACGACAGAAUACAAACCCCUCCACGACAACAACACCCCAAUCCGACCAGCCAUUAUAGCAGGGAUAAUCUCAACCUGGAUUGCCACUUUCCUUGCAGCUGCAGACAGCACGAUCACAUCAACUCUCUCCGCCACAAUCGCAAACGAAUUCCACUCCCUCAGCAUAAUAUCAUGGCUCGGCUCUGGAUACCUAAUCGGGCUGACAGCUACACAACCCCUCAGCGGGAAAUUGAGCGAUAUCUUCGGUCGGCGGGCUAGCUUUUGCUGCGCCUGUUGUAUGUUUACGAUCGGGAAUCUUGUUUGCGGGCUCUCGCGGUCGAAAGUUGUCCUCAUCGCUGCGCGCGUUGUUACGGGGAUUGGUGGUGGUGGGUGUAUUUCGAUUGCGACGUUUAUUGCAUCGGAUAAUAUCCCACUUAAGAGAAGGGGGAUAUGGCAGGGAACCGGGGCUGUGGUGUAUACAGCCGGGAUGGGACUGGGUGCUGUGAUUGGGGGUGCUGUUAAUGAUGCGGUUGGUUGGAGAUGGGCAUUUAUUGGGAUCGCGCCCGUCUCGCUGAUUUCUGGGAUUGGUGUUGCGAUGUUUGUCCCAGGUUAUACCGACGAUACACAAGGUUGGCGGGAGUUAUUGGGUCGUGUUGACUUUGCUGGCGCUGCGACGUUGGUUACGUCCUUGGUGUUGCUUCUAAUUGGACUCAACCAUGAUGGGCCGGAGCUCGUCACUGGCUUGUUCACGAUUACCGUUCCGCUUGGAAUGGUUCUACUGGCAGGUUUUGUUUGGAUUGAAUGGAAAUGGGCUAGAGAGCCGAUCAUUCCUCUCUCGCUCUUCCGUAAACGAACGGUGGUGGCUGCCUGUUUGACCGCUUGGUUCAUGUCGAUGGCCUUCUAUGCGCUUACCUUUUAUGUGCCACUGUAUAUGAAGAUGCUGGGUCAUUCGACCAGUGAAAUCGGACUGCGUCUGCUACCAGACUCUAUUGGCGCUGGACUUGGAUCUUUCUUGGUCGGGCUGGUCAUUCGAGUGACUGGCAAAUACGGUGUCUUCCGAUAUACCAUGACUCUGCUGCUGGUGCUGGCAUCAAUGGGGUUUGCCUUUAUCUCGGUUCACACGCCAUGGAUUCUUCCUGAGGUGUAUCUGUUGUGCAAAGGCUUUGGUAUGGGCGGAGCCUUGACCAUGUUAAUCUUGGCCCUGCUACAUUCAGUACCGCAUGAGAGGCAUGCUACUGCGACGUCUGCUUUGUAUGCCUUUCGAUCUACUGGAGCGACCGUGGGACUGUCAGCUGCGAGUGCCAUGUUCUAUCACCGGAUGAAUCAGAGUAUGGUGGACACGGGGUCUAGCUGUAAGGAAGGAGAUCAGUGUUAUCUGGAUGCCUUGCAUGGAGCUUUCCAAUUGGCAUUGGCCUUUGCAACUGCCGGGUUAGUGUCAGCCUUGUUUGUCGCAGCGUAUGAUAAACAUGACCAGGAAGACGAAGGAAAGGAAAUGGAUGAAAUUGAGUAA